UUUUUAACAUACCAACCUCACUCAAUCUCCUCGUCAAACAAUGUUCAAUCUUUGAUAUACCAACCUCACUCAAUCUCCUCGUCAAACAAUGUUCAAUCUUUGAUAUACCAACCUCACUCAAUCUCCUCGUCAAACAAUGUUCAAUCUUUGAUAUACCAACCUCACUCAAUCUCCUCGUCAAACAAUGUUCAAUCUUUGAUAUACCAACAUCACUCAAUCUCCUCGUCAAACAAUGUUCAAUCUUUAACAUACCAACCUCACUCAAUCUCCUCGUCAAACAAUGUUCAAUCUUUAACAUACCAACCUCACUCAAUCUCCUCGUCAAACAAUGUUCAAUCUUUGAUAUACCAACCUCACUCAAUCUCCUCGUCAAACAAUGUUCAAUCUUUGAUAUACCAACCUCACUCAAUCUCCUCGUCAAACAAUGUUCAAUCUUUGAUAUAUCAACCUCACUCAAUCUCCUCAUCAAACAAUGUUCAAUCUAUAUCAUACCAACCUCACUCAAUCUCCUCAUCAAACAAUGUUCAAUCUUUGAUAUACCAACCUCACUCAAUCUCCUCGUCAAACAAUGUUCAAUCUUUAAAAUACCAACCUCACUCAAUCUCCUCGUCAAACAAUGUUCAAUCUUUGAUAUACCAACCUCACUCAAUCUCCUCGUCAAACAAUGUUCAAUCUUUAACAUACCAACCUCACUCAAUCUCCUCGUCAAACAAUGUUCAAUCUUUGAUAUACCAACCUCACUCAAUCUCCUCGUCAAACAAUGUUCAAUCUUUGAUAUACCAACCUCACUCAAUCUCCUCGUCAAACAAUGUUCAAUCUUUGAUAUACCAACCUCACUCAAUCUCCUCAUCAAACAAUGUUCAAUCUUUGAUAUACCAACCUCACCCAAUCUCCUCAUCAAACAAUGUUCAAUCUUUGAUAUACCAACCUCACUCAAUCUCCUCGUCAAACAAUGUUCAAUCUUUGAUAUACCAACCUCACUCAAUCUCCUCGUCAAACAAUGUUCAAUCUUUGAUAUACCAACCUCACUCAAUCUCCUCGUCAAACAAUGUUCAAUCUUUGAUAUACCAACCUCACUCAAUCUCCUCGUCAAACAAUGUUCAAUCUUUGAUAUACCAACCUCACUCAAUCUCCUCGUCAAACAAUGUUCAAUCUUUGAUAUACCAACCUCACUCAAUCUCCUCGUCAAACAAUGUUCAAUCUUUGAUAUACCAACCUCACUCAAUCUCCUCGUCAAACAAUGUUCAAUCUUUGAUAUACCAACCUCACUCAAUCUCCUCGUCAAACAAUGUCCAAUCUUUGAUAUACCAACCUCACUCAUCAUGUUAG